CUGAUAUCAACAAGAAAAUUUGCAAAAAUGAUGCUGACAAUGCGUCGUCAGAAUGAACUAGGAACAGCAGCAGCAACAAGUGCCACAUCUUCUCCACCGCCAUCCAAUCCGACGCUUAGCAUUGUGCCACAUACUCCGCUGACUGCCAGUGGGGUAGCGCCAUCAGAAGCAACACUCACUCCAUCUACCCCACAGGAUUCACUUAAUACACCUACAACUCCUCAGCUGGGUCUUAGUCGGAAUCCCUUGCAAUUUACAGCCCCCGCUCCGCCCAUUGCUGUGCAAACGGCAUCAUCAGUUGCGCCCACUUUUGGCUUUUAUCAGGGUGCAACUACUACCACACAAACAGCUACAUUACCCAUACGUGGGCAUCCUCCACCAUCGGAUGGUAUCAAGGAUUCAACGAAUCAUGGUGCGGAAUUAGAUGAAUACGUCGAUAUAUUGCAGGUGCAGCAACUACUUCUAGACUCUUCGGCGGCAGCAGCUGCGGCAGCAAAUCAAAAUUCAAGCAAUCCUCCGACAUCAGCAGCAGCAGUAGCAGUAGACCAACAGCAAUCAUCUCUGCAGCAGUCUCAAUCCCAACAACAACAACAACAACUAGUGGCCAAGCCACGUCCACGCAUCAAUUUACAAAAGACUUCGGAAUAUGCCGCACAACUAGCUCAAGCCGAAUCCUCAUCUUCUGUGUCCGCCGCAGCCGCCGCAGCAGCAUCACGACGCGUUCUCCUUGAUUAUCCGAAUCCAUAUUUGUACGGUAAUCAUCACUAUCAUCACCAUACAUCGCCAAGUGAGGACCUUGUGGCCCUUUGGUUUGGCAGCAAUGGGACAGAUGACGCUGAAUACUGGGAUACUGGAUACUGGGAAGCUGCUGAUGAUGAUGCCCAGGCUGGUGGUUCACAAGUUCACGAUGGCGACGGCAACUUAAUUGCCAUUUACAUGAACAUCAGAUUGUGA